UCGCGCGCAUGCGCGUGGCGCGAGGCGGUGACGCAGGACCUGGACUCCCGCGUCCAGCAGAGAAGCAGGAGCAGCCAGCGACCUUGCGCUCUCAGCCUGAUCCCUGUCUGACGGCCUGAACAUUUUCAGCUGAAGAGAUGGCAUUCGUGAAGAGCGGAUGGUUACUUCGACAGAGCACCAUUCUGAAACGCUGGAAAAAGAAUUGGUUCGACCUGUGGUCGGACGGCCACCUGAUCUACUACGAUGACCAGACUCGGCAGAGUGUAGAGGAUAAGGUCCACAUGCCCGUGGACUGCAUCAAUAUCCGCACGGGGCAUGAGUGUCGGGACAUCCAGCCUCCGGAUGGGAAGUCCAGAGACUGUCUACUGCAGAUCGUUUGCCGAGACGGGAAGACCAUCAGUCUCUGUGCAGAGAGCACAGACGAUUGCCUGGCAUGGAAGUUUACACUGCAGGAUUCCAGAACGAACACAGCUUACGUUGGCUCAGCAAUCCUGUCUGAAGAGACUGCAGUGGCCGCGUCGCCGCCUCCUUACGCAGCCUAUGCUACACCGACCCCUGAGGUCUACGGCUAUGGUCCAUACAGUGGCGCAUACCCAACAGGAACUCAAGUUGUCUAUGCCGCCAACGGGCAGGCGUAUGCUGUGCCGUACCAGUACCCAUAUGCAGGAGUUUAUGGACAACAGCCUGCCAACCAAGUCAUCAUCCGUGAGCGGUACCGAGACAAUGACAGUGACCUGGCUCUGGGCAUGCUUGCCGGGGCAGCCACAGGCAUGGCCCUGGGCUCUCUGUUCUGGGUCUUCUAGAGCCUUCAACAUGUUCUGUGCAUAGCUUCUGUUAGUCCUGUGUGCAAUAAUUUGAUUUGCAGGGCAUUUCUGUUUGUAACAAGUGUCUUUCAUAAUAAUUUAAAUAGUUCUUUUGAAAGUGGUAAUCUAAUAAUUGUGACUGACUUGCAUGGUACCACAAAGAAAGCUGGAGGUAUGCUGUGAGCAAGAGCCUGAGUCCUUCCGGGUACCAGCUUGCACCAAGUCUUUCUUGGGGACUCUUGGAUGGCUUUAUGUGAACACACCCAUUUAAACAGGCAUUUUCCGUUCAGUUAGGUGCAGUAUUGAAUUGAGGGAUGGCUUUCCUUGCUAUGCCAAUAACAAUAAUACUGAUGGAGGAGGAUGUGUGUAAGUGUGGUGAGGAGAGUCACAGCUUCUUUAACUGUGGAAUCUUACUCUAGACCCUGUUGCAUGUUACCCUAGGAGCUGUGGGCUGGUGGCUCCUGCAGUAAUAUGGUAUAAGGACCCCAUAGCCUACCCCUUGGAAGUCCUAGAUACCAGCAGGAUUGGCUGCUCAGGAUGCAGAGGGCCACCUCCUCCCUUUACAAAUUAUGUUCCAGUAAUCUGCCCAGUUCUAUUUUCUUGUUAUUCUUCUGUUUGCUUUUCCUGGGGAUGAUUGGAAUUAGUCUGGAGUUAGGAAUUGAUUUGAGCCUCAGAAUUCUAGCCUCUCCCUUUAAGCCCUGCUGAAUGAGGAGGUGCGUGCUGGUGGGUGGAGGUACGCUGGGAGCUGCCCAGCGAUGUGUUUUCAGGGUCUGCUUUAGGCAUAUUGAUUGCCAGCUCAGUCUGCAGAGAGCCUAUAGAGACUAUUUUUCUACUUGUAAAGAAAGUAUGGUGAGGGCAAUCGGGGAGAGCCUUUUUUAGAAUGUUCCUGCCUCAGGCCUUCUGGGGCCAAGCUGCAUGGGGGAUGCUCUUUAACUCCUGGAGAGGCUCUUCCUCAGCAGUGGUAGGGAGGUCCUGUGGCUGUCCAGAGUCUCAGGUUUUGAGUGAGAAAUGGGAUUGGGUAGAGCAUCUCAGGGAUUUGUUCUAAUCCUUCAUGUUAGUGGGGAUCCAGCCUUGUCCUCAGUCCUGACCCGCUCACGAGAGAAGAGCUUAAAACAUUUCUAGUCCCCAAACAUGUGACACUCUGGGAAGCUCACCAUCUGGCUUUCUGACAAAAAUUUGUAUUUCUAAUAUUAGAGAAUACAUGCCCCACAUAUUUAAAAUGUCUGUUCUUUCAUGUUUUAAAGCUCCUAAUUCCAGCUUUGUGACUGGCAAGUUUUAGUUUCAAACAGUACCCUGGCACGAAGGUGGGACGGCACAGCGAGGGCCCUGCCCUCUACUUUGCAUAGUCCUGUUUUUUCCAGAGUGCUCCUAGGGAGCACUGAUUCUGACUGUGCCCAGUCCAGUGCAUGCACGCUGCCUUGCUGUACUGCUGGGCAGCUCUCUCUUGGUCAGUUCAGGUCUUCAGCAGAUCUCCAUGUGAGACAGUUGCCAAGUAGAGGUGGUGCCCACAGUGCUUUCUCACUACUCCUUGGGGACCUGUUGACACAGCCUUGCCUGUUUCCAGCUGACAUUUGCUUCUCUGUCAUGAUGGGGUAUGUGACAACAUGGUACGGAUGCUGUACAGUCGCUUUAAUAAGCCUGACUCUGAUUUUACAUCCUGUGCUGUAAGACUGCCAUUUGGUCACAAUGUCACCAUUCCUAAAGCUCCGUGCUUUACUUACAAAACACUAAAACCAGUGUUUAAUGUUACACAGUGAUUUUAAUUUUGAAGUUAGUUACUGGCAUUCCUAAAACCAUAGAGUACUGAGUCACGCCCCUGAAGUACUUUUGAAACAGAAUGAUCUCCUACUGUCCCAUUGGUGUGCCCUGCCUAUCCCCUGACCCCAGUGGGGUUAGCUGUACCAGGCAGCCGUAGUUGAGUCUGAUCAUUUCCUGUCACCAGUUUUACUUGAUUGCAUACCCAGAAUGGAAUACAUUCUCGGGCAUCUCAUUUCCUCAGCCCCGAUGCUCACAGAUGCUGCCCUUUCGAUGGCUUUUGGGGCAUCGUUUUGUACUUCAGUGAGUCAUGAGAUUCAUGAGUUGGAGGGAGCUACUUGUCCAGCAUUGAGGAACAUGUCUCCUCCACGGAGACUUUUAAAUAACGAUGCAGAGCUGGAAGAGGCUGGCUGCCGACACUGCGGGCAGUUCUUUUAGUUGCUCUUUUAGUUUGAGUUAAGAACGUAUCAUAUGGAAAGCGUGAGGCUUCCUCAGAUCAUCCCUUGCCAAGGCUUGGCCUAGGCUCACACUGGGUCAUUAGUGCCCACGAUAGCCUUCUGGAGUAUAGCGAGUUCCUGCAUUUGAGACAGAAUGAUUCAGAUUUCUUUUCUACAUCUGUUGUUGAGCCCAUGCGACCUCUCAUUUUGCCUUCUAGUCUAUGUAGACGAAAGAUGACAGGCAGAGGGCGCAGACAGUCUUCUUUGUGAUUGCUUCUGUUGUUCUGUUGCAUCUACCGAGCCCGUUUUCUCCCUGAAUGUGCAUACAGUAUGUUUAUAAGUGAACUUGUUAAAAUAUUAAAUGAUCAUUAACCUUAAA